GCAGGGCGGACGAGCACACAAAGCAAGCAGAGAAAGAAACUGCGUAGCUUAGCAAAACGAGAAAGAGGAAGCAGAGAGAGAGAGAGGAAUGGUAGGGGCGGGGGCAUUUUGGGGGACAAGAGUGAUGGAGAUAGUGAAGAAGCAUGACUCUGGUGGUCUCGUUUGGAAACGAAUUAAACUCACCACCACUCGUAAGGCCAACGCCAAGAAACGCCUCCUUAGGGUUUGGCAGAAUGAAGCUGUCCUGAAGGCAUGUUCUCAAUCGCAACCUUCCAAAAUGUCUGCAGCUGGUGCUUCUGGAGUUGACAAAAAAGAGGGCCUCAACACUGCAAGCUGACUUUGAAAUGAGUGAGAUAGAACAUAAGAUACUCUCAAGGCUGCUUGUGAUUGCAAGUUUUUUUAAGCGUUUUUUGGUCUGUGCUGUCUUGCUAGGUCUAUUUAUGCUUAGGUAAUAUUUUGAGCUCGUCCAAUCACUUCCAUGUAACAACUGAAAUGGUUUGUUCACCUUGUAAAGAUUUUCAACAUAAAAUGUGAUUGCAUCAUUUACUAUUGA